AUGAAAAGGCGUGACAGGGCAGAAGAUUACGUGCACCCCUGGUUGUGUAUGGAAUCACUUAAGAGGACUUAUUCACAUUGCAUCAAACCAGUCCUCAGCGCAGAAUUCUGGCCCCGAACUGAAUACUCACAACCAGAACCCCCCAUCAUCAAGAGACCUAUUGGCCGGCCAAAAGUUCACAACAGACAGAAAGAUCCUGCUGAGCCAUUGAUGCAAGGAGGAAAAUUGAAGAAGUCAUUCUCCGUGGCUUGCAGUAAGUGUGGUGAAAAGGGCUACAACUACAAAACCUGCAAAGGAGCUCCAUCAAACCCCAAUUGGAAGCCGAAAACAAAGAAGCCUAAGAAGAAAGAAGGAGGCAGCUCUCAACAACUGGUUGUGCUUCCUUUGUCACAGUCAGCUCCAACUGCAGGGGAUUCUUCAACUGCACCAAACCCUGCAAAUGUUGCACCAGCUCCAUCCAGGUUUACUAGAUCCACACUUGUGAUACCAACCCCGGGAGCAACAGUCACUCCAUUCAGGCCACCCGCCCCGACAACAACCCCUCCAAGUAAAGUUCCAGGCAAGGUUCCAUCGAUGGUUAACAACACUUCUCGCCCUAAACCUUCAAAAUUCAUACCAAAGCAGAAGAUCUUCAGGCCACCGGCACCACUGAUUCAAGGAUAA